GUUAUUUUCCAAAAAACAAAAAAAGGAGGAGGAAAAAACUGUGUGAAUUCUUUGCAGGAUUAUCUAGGCUACAGUGACAGUAACGCCAGUUAUCUUAUUUUAUCUACUGCCUAAGUUAAAUUCCAGGUGGUUCUAUCUCUGCCGGCCGGCGUCCAAUUUCUCCGGUCUUGCAAGCAGCUGGUUAUUUAAGGAGAUGAACUGCGUUCGCAUAAACAGUUCCUAUCCUGCCUGCAAUCUCAAUGCUUCCUUUCCAUCACUUACUGCUCCAAGGAGGACUUCCAAUUUGACCGCAUUAUCUUCGACUUAUCUCGGUACCAACCUCCCGAAAAUCUCUCUGAAUGUGAAAGUAGGUGUAUCCAAACCGCAGCUUUGCAAAACUGUAUGCUUAUUUGGUGGCAAGGGGAAGGCAAGCAAUGACAAUGAGGCUUCUCCGUGGAAAGCUCUUGAGAAGGCCGUGGGGAAUCUGAAGAAGGAACAGUCAGUUGAGGAUUUAUUGAAGCAACAGAUUCAAAAACAAGAAUACUAUGAUGGAGGAGAUGGUGGUGGAGAUCGUCCAGGUAGUGGCGGUGGAGGUGGCAGUGACGGUUCUGGUCAACCAGAGGAUGAAGGCAUUCCAGGGAUCUUAGAUGAGCUAGGACAAGUAAUCUUGGCAACUACGGGCUUCAUAUUUCUGUAUAUCUACAUAAUUGAAGGUGAGGAGAUCACUGUGUUCACAAAGGAUAUUCUCAAGUUUAUCUUUCUAAGGCAAAAGAGUAUUCGUCUUGGACGCACAAUUGCAAAGUGGGAAAACUACUUCAGAAGCCUGACUGAGAAGAAAGAAGAAAAUCCAUAUUGGUUGGAAAGUGAGAUUCUUAGAACCACUACUUGGUAUGACGGCCCCGCAAAAUAUAGGCACAUUCUCAGACAGUUGCAAUCCGACUCUUAUUAUUGAUAAGAAACCUUUUCUCUGUGCUGUCAAAUUUUGUACUAGUUUAAAUAGUUUUCUGACUGCCUGUUUGAGUAAGAGAAUGGAUGAAGAACUGAAAAACUGUUUAAUUGUUAGUAGAAUUUUGUGUCAUGAGUAUAUUUUCAGGUUUUCUUAUUUUGGGAUGAGAUAUGGAUCAUUCAAUUAAAGAAUGUUAUGUUUGAUUAAA